AUGUCAGUCAUUCAACUAGAAGAACUCGUCUCUUAUCAACUACGUACCAGUUAUCUCGACGAAAUUGCCGACGGCGUAGGAGAGCGACUACUUAACGUUAAUGAUGGCUUCAUAAACUCAGCUCCUUUCAAGGCUGCUGGCUGGCGGCCAAACUCCUCACACCAUAAGAGGACGCACUCGCCUCCAAUUCCUACUGCAAUUGCUUCUGAAUACUUCCAGGCGCCAAAGCAAGCCGGACUCACACUCGAGGAUGGAGAGGAGGAUGGCGGCAUGCUCACGGCGGCCGGGUCAGACACUAUGGGCCCGGGAAUGGCUACGAGGCGACGCAGGCGUCGCGAGCAGAUGGAAGAGGAGGAUAGCAGCGAUUUGAGCGACGAAAGUGACGAUGAUACAGACCAGAGGGCUGCACAGCAGAUCAAGUUCGCAAAGAUGCCGGUUAGAAACAGAGCAGGCUCGUCACCACUGCAAAACACCAACCUUCGUCAAGUCGGUGCUGUUUCACCAAGAGCCCCUCGCCGAGGCUCACAGUCAGCUUUAGGGACAGUCCAGGAGAGGCCACGUAGGGACACGGUCACAAGUAGCGAGAUAUCAUCCGAAAAUGAGACCGAUAUUCCUACGGUCCAGCGUCAUCGAGAGGCCGCACGCGCUGCAGCGAGAGCUGCAAAGCUUCAGGCCAGGAUUCUGGAGGAACCCUCACCCGGCAUCCAGCGAGCAGAUACAUCCCUCCUUCCGGAAGAAGAAGAGGACUCUGAUGAGGCUUCAGACAUGUCUGACGAUUAUGCCGAGAGUAUAGACUCGGCAUCGAUUCUCGACGGUGUUGAGAACGCCAUUAACGCAUCGCCUACUCGUCAGGUCGUGGGGACACCACCAAAGAAUUUUGUGCGACAGUCUACAAUUCGCAAAUCGAAGCCAUCGACACAUCCCAUCGUUCUUGGAACUCUACCUCCUCCUAGGCCAAUGAGUAUGAUUCGACCCUUGAGUGUUGCCCAACCGAAGAGUUUGCUCUCAGCCGCUCUUAAAGCCAAGGAUAAGAAGUCAUCCAUUCCUUUUCAAAAGUUUGCACAUUUCAGCGGACAGGGUACCCAGGGAUCUAUUGCCGUGCGUAUAUAUGCCCCUUUCUCAAAAAUGCCAAGCAAGCCAUUCCAGGUCCUCAUCCGGCCACGCGUCCACGAUGGACAAGGCGCCGAGAGGGUGGUGACAGUAGCAGACCUCAUCGGUCUGAGUCUGUACCGAUACAAUGAGGAGAAACUGGAACCCCCUUUGCCCAAGGGAAAACUUAAUAUCAACUGGUGGACUCUACGUAUGGUUGAAGAAGGUGGUGAAGUCGAUGAUGACUUCCCCCCCUUUGAGAGGACUAAACCUCUGAUGUCUUUCACUACGGUGAACAAUGCUGCGGCUCGAGGUGGAGGGCGCAUGCGAUCAAAUUCAACCGCCUACGACGACUUCGCACUGGCAGAGGCUUCAGAAGACGAGUAUCAUGAGAACAAAUCGCUGACGCCUCAAGAGGACGAGGAAGAGGAGCCAGUGACCUCACAGGAUAGCAGUGGCGGCGUAUCCCUUGAUUCCACACAGCCAGACGAGGACGCAACUCCUCGGGGCACUCCAGGGCCAAGUGUUAACUCAGUUCUUUCCAACCGGCCACGGCAAAAUCCCAUCGUUACAACAACCUAUCGAUCGAAUGCUCCUCCAGCAGACAUGCCACAAGCACCUGCUGCGGUACCCAACACGUCCCGAGGGCAGCAGAAGCUACUCCGAGUUCAUAUCAUGUCCUCAGACCUCGCACCAGGCCAGAUGGUAACACUUGAUGUUAUGACAGACACUUACUUGGCAGAGGUUCUGGACGUAGUCUGCCGGAAGAGACAGCUAGACAAAGCCAACCAUGUCCUCAAACUACCCAGUUCGGGGGCAGUCGUCAUGUUGGAUCGGCCUGUAUCUUCCAUUGGAAAUGUCUCGGACCUCGAGUUGUACCGAAGACGAUUCGCAACAGAUGGCCCGUUAACCAUGACCGGGUCGCCGAGCAGUUCGUCGCCAAAGACUUUGCCACUAGCUGAGCAAGCCAUGCAGAAGCGCAAGAAGUCGCAAACACCAAUGGUUGGUAGUCAUCCAUUGGCACGUGAGUCAAUGAAGCAGGAUGAGCUCAGCAAUGCCAGCUAUAAGAAAUACACCGUCUGGCGGAAACAGCCAAUGCGCAUCGUAGGUAUGAGCGAGCGCAUCCUGGUGAUAGACGGUGAGUAUAUACACAUCAUGCCAGCGUCUGGUGGUAAGGCGUUGCACGACGGUUCAGGCAAAACAACAACGGUGCACUUCAGCAACGUAGUUGGAUGCAAAGUACUUCGAAAGCAUCCGACAAACGUCAAGCUUGUUGUAUACAAAGCUACGGAAAGCAAACGAUACGAUUUUGAAGCCCGCAGUGCGCUGGAGGCGGCCGAGAUCGUGGAGGAACUCAAGAAAGGCAUGUUCAAAUGA